AUGGACAAAGGGCUUGAAGCCUUGAAGGACAUCAAAAUCGACUUGUUGUCCCCUGCACAGCUGAUUAAGGAUAUCUCUAACGCCGUCAGCGCUGACGACCCGAGGGAAGAAGCUUUCUAUGGCCGUAACGCCAGGCGAGAGCGUGCCUGGGAAGCGGCAAGGAUUCGCUGGAACGGCUCGGACGGCAUCUCGGACGGCGCCGACCUCGAGCCCCCUGAGAAAGCGUACGGCGUGCUAUUCGAGCCCACCUGGCUGAGGGUGUGCCACCUCCAUCUCUGUCUAAGCCUAGGUUCCGUUCCCACCGUGACCGCCAAGCAUUUACCCGAUCUCACCUCUCGUCGGACCUCCGUUGCUGCCCCUCUUGGGCCGUGCGCGCGCCCUACUCACGCCACCCUCGUGCAGAAUAUCUACACCACCUUCUUGCAAUUCUCGUCGUGCAAUAGGUCGGUCUAG